UUAAGAUUUAAUGAGAUAAUGCAAUCUCUUAAUUUUAGAAUGUUUUCAUAUAAAUAGAUUCGUUUGAAAAGCGUGGAUAGAGUUUUCGCUUUGCUGAAGAGUUGUUAAAUUCAUUAAAAGCGAUGAUUGAUUUGCUUUUAAUUAACUUGUAAUUAAGUGCGGUUUUUUUUUUGUCGAUGCGAAUGAAUAUGCAAGAGAUGCGUGAAGAGUGAAGGAAGGAAGAAAAAUAGAAGCGUCACGCGACAUUAUCGCUCUUUUAAUUAUGUAAUGAUCUGUGACCUCUAGAUAAGCGGACGAGGCUCAGAGUUUUUGUGACCAAGCUAGAGAAAGAGCGUGCCCGAUCUGCGUGUGUCCGAUCUGCGGUGAACUGAAGAAGACCGAAAAUGCUGUGCAGAAGAUUGCUGGGAGGCCUCGUCAGGAGGGGUUUCGCUUCCGAAGCGGCGGCGGUCAACACGUCUUUGUAUGAUUUCCACGUGGAGAAUGGCGGUAAGAUGAUCAACUUCGGAGGCUUCAUGCUUCCCGUCCAGUACGCGGAUCAGAGCAUCUCCGAGUCGCAUCUCUUCACCAGGAAGAGCGCCUCCUUGUUCGAUGUCUCUCACAUGCUUCAAACAGAGAUCAGAGGCGAAGGUUGUUUGGAUUAUCUGGAGACUAUAGUCACGGCCAAUUUGCGCGCGUUGAAGGUCAACUCUUCCGUGUUGACUGUCUUCACCAACGAGGCUGGUGGUAUUCUCGACGAUCUGAUCAUCACUAAAAUCGAGGACGAUCAUCUCUUCGUGGUUUCGAACGCUGGUAGGAAGGAUCACGAUCAGGCGCAUAUGCUUCGCGGUUUGGAAGCGCACAGGUCGAAGAACAAGGAUUGCGAUAUCAGGAUGAGGUUCUUCGAACCUAGGGAACGUGCACUCAUCGCUCUGCAAGGUCCACAAGCCGCCGAUUGUCUGCAAUCGAUGACGGACGUCGAUCUCAGUCAGCUGUACUUCAUGACUUCGACUGUGGCGAGCGUUGCAGGAGUGCAGGGCUGCAGGAUCACCAGGUGCGGGUACACCGGUGAGGACGGCUUCGAAAUCUCCAUUCCUGCUAUCCUCUCCAUGGAGGUUUCCAGGGAGAUCCUCAAGGACGAACGCGUCAAGUUGGCAGGUCUAGGUGCAAGAGAUACCUUGAGAUUGGAGGCUGGUCUCUGUCUGUACGGAAGCGACAUCAAUGAGAAGACCACUCCGGUUCAAGCCGGUUUGACUUGGCUGGUGGAUAAGACGCGCAGGGAGCGCAAAGACUUCCCAGGAGCUGAAGCGAUCGUGAAAGAGAUCAAAGAAGGCAGCAAGACGAAACGCGUCGGCCUCAUCUCCGAAGGAGGACCUCCGGCCAGACACGACGCCGUCAUCGCCGACUCGACCGGCUCCAAAGACGUCGGCACGGUAACCUCCGGUUGCCCGGCACCAUCCCUCUCGAAGAACGUCGCCAUGGGUUACGUGCAGACGGAAUACAGCAAACCCGGCACCGAACUCUCCCUCAAGAUCCGCGGCAAAAUCUACAAAGCUGUCGUCGCGAAGAUGCCCUUCCUCCCCGCCAAAUACUACAACAAACCGAAGAUGUGAAGAGCCAAUGAAACGUUAUUGUUAUUAUUGUUGUUGUUGUUGCAUUUCUUUUGCUCUUUUCUAUUUCUUUUGU